AUGGGCCUCAUUGAGAGGAGUCGGCGAAUGACUCUUGUCAACCGUCGGCAGAACAAGACCGUCGCUCGUGUUAGUCGUGCUCGAUUGGUGGAACGGAAUUUCGUACGACGACGAGGAGUUUUGUUGCGUGUACCCUAUCGAUUAUUAGUAAAUGAUCAUUGUCGAGGAUUGAAAGGAUUUUCAACUUUCAUAAAGUUCGCCUUCAGUGGAACCGGCGGGAUGUUGGACCGCGUCAGCAGCAGCUUCGUAAGAUGGACAGUGCUUUUAUUCUGCCUAUUAUCGGCAGUUUCCAGUCAAUUGGACCUACCGCCUUACAGAGACGAAGAUGCUGCCCGACAACUACCACCUAAUGAAAUAAAUUACCAGAACAUCCUAGCUAGAUUAGAUUUCUUAGGCGCAGAGAGAUGUAGCGCUAAUGUGAUAGCUCAAUGGGCAUACGAAACUAAUGUCAACGAAUACACGCAGUUACAAGCGCUGGAUGCCCAACGCUUAUAUGCGGAUUUCCAAUACCAAGCGUGGCUUUUACUCUCGAGAAUUGACAUAAAUUCUAUUCGAGACCCCAUCAUCAGGCGACGACUCCGUUAUUUGUCCGUGGUGGGUCCUUCGGCACUACCACCUGAUCAACUAGACAGGUACAAUCGCUUAAUCAACGACAUGCUCGCGAUUUAUAACGCGGCGACCAUAUGCGCUUACAACGAUCCGUUCCGGUGUGGACUGCGUUUAUAUCCAGAUAUAUCGCAAAUCAUGGCGAAAAGUCGGGACUGGGACGAAUUGCAGUACGUCUGGACCGAGUGGAGAAGACGAAGUGGCAGACCGAUUAGGGAUCUAUAUCAUCAACUUAUUGCGCUGACCAAUGAUGCUGCAAGAAUGAAUAACUUUACUGAUGCCGCUGAAUAUUGGAUGUUCCCUUACGAAUCUCCUAAUUUCCAACAAGACAUUGAUGAAGCUUGGGAAACGAUACGUCCGCUUUACGAAGAAUUACAUGCUUAUAUUCGCAGAAGGCUGAGAGAUCUCUACGGUCCUGAAAAAAUUGGCGCACACACGCCACUUCCGUCUCACAUUCUCGGUAACAUAUGGGGACAGUCUUGGACCAAUCUUUUGGAUGUUACAUUGCCGUAUCCCGGUAAAACGUAUCCCGACGUCACGCAGGAAAUGCGGGCUCAAUCAUCAGGAUUCCACGAGGCGGUCGGCGAAGCCGUCGCCUUGAGCGUCACGACGCCGCAGCAUCUGCAAACUCUGGGCCUGGCGAACACGUUCAUUGAUGAACGCUCCGCGGACAUAAACUACCUCUUCGCCUUGGCGAUGGAUAAACUGGUGCUGCUGCCCUUCAGCAUCGCGAUGGAUAGAUGGCGAUGGGACGUCUUCCGCGGCUACGUCAAUAAAGAGGAGUAUAAUUGUCAUUGGCACAGACUGAAGGAACAAUACACAGGCACAAAGCCACCAGUUCUGCGAUCCGAGGACGACUUCGAUCCAGGAGCGAAGUAUCACAUCCCGGCCAAUAUUCCCUACAUACGGAAUUUCGUGGCUGGGGUCCUGCAAUUCCAAUUGUACCGCGCAUUAUGCCAGGCUGCGGGUCAAAGAUCCGAAGUCGACAAUCCGAGGAGGCCGCUGCACAGAUGUGACUUUUACAGAAAGCCCGAGGCCGGCAGGAUCUUGGGGAGAUUGAUGGAGAGGGGCUCAUCCAUCCCGUGGCGGGAUACGUUGGGAGAAGCUAUCGGCGAGUUCAGAUUAGACGGAUCCGCUCUUAGGGAGUAUUUCCGGCCAUUAGAGGACUGGUUGAGAACCGAGAAUUUGAGGACGGGUGAAGUAGUCGGCUGGUCAUACGACGGAGACUUUUGCAAGAGGAGCAUAGAGACCGCGGGUCUGCAGGUUUACGGUAGCGGCUUCUACAACAGCGGCACAUCCAUCUCCGCGUCUUGGAUCGUUACGGGAAUCAUGAUGGUUCCCUGGAUUGUAUCAAUACUUUAUUGAACGCAACGACUCAACGAGUAGCUGAUUCAUCAUCGAGCACUGAUGAUAAUCAAUUAAAGGAAGCACCGUUAAUUUGCCAAAAUAUAUCAAAUCAUAUUUCCUGUAAGAUCACCGGAUAAAUCUGAACGAAUACAAUAAUAGUUAAAUUACUAAUUGGAAUGUACUAACCGGGAACGUUGAUUGACGGUAAAAUAACGAUCGUUACUGCCAAAUAAUACAAAUAUACUAAAGUACAUUCUUGUCAAGCGUCAAGCUGCAUGCUUUACGCGAUGUAUGUUAAAAAGGUCGCGCUGUCAACUUUAUAAACUUGUUAUUACGUAGAUCUGUAUAAUUGUAAUACUAUUAAUAUUAUACGUUUAUGCUAUAUAUUAUAUUAUAUGAUAUGUCAUGCUAUAAUGUUAUAUACGUGGUAUUACGAUUAAGAAUAUAAAGCGUGCCUGGAAACGUCGUAUGUGUUGUGCGUGGGUGUAAAUGCAUAAAUCAUUUCAUAUACUUGAACGGCUCGUGAUUCACGUCCUGUAACUAUCAACUUCACUGUUGAUUGAUCAAAUAAAAUUAUAUCUAUUGCUGUAAAAGAAAAACUCCGGAAUUUUCACCGAAUGCAUUUGUUAUAUCAUUCUUACAAACAGUUUUAUUUUCUAAACAUCUGGCUCUGUACGCUCCAAUUUUUUUAACAGGAUUGCAAAAUCGAGGCAUAGCAUCGUCUAGUAUUUUACGAAGUUACUUUUUAAUCGUUCAAGUGAAUCAAAUUAUUCUUUUCGGCUCGCAAUUAUCACACGAAAAGAGUUUAUUAAACAACACGUUUACUUUUGCGUUGAUGUAUAUGGAGGAGUAAAAGAAGCAUAUUUUAUGUUUGAGAAAGAAAGAGGAUUUCCUUCGAUUGGAAUAUGCACAAAAGAGAGAGAGAGAGAGAGAGAGAGCUGUUCGACGACAAAAGUCACAUCAAACUGCUCCCUUAUCUUGCGUAAUCGAAAGCCGGCGAAAUCGUACCAGGUGAAAUCGUACUUUUGUUGUCAAAUUACGGUAAACUCAAUCAGACUACCUCUUAUCCCUCGCACCUUUAAUCGCCGCCAUUAGAUCGGAUAUUCUUCUUGACUACCAUUUCUCGCAUAUCAUGCGCAUUUCUUUUGCUUCGGUAUUAACUUGAGUGCGAAUAAUGAUUUUCGAAACAAUUUCGGCGUAUGUAAGUUUAAUCACACGUCAAUUCGCUAUUUAACUGCAUUUUUUUCAAUUACAACUCAUGAUAUGCCUG